AUGGCAGUCCUCGGUAUCCUCACGACGCUUGUCAUCUUCGCCGUGGCGCAACUCGGGGAGGGACAGGGUGUAUAUCCUGGUCAGAUCAAGAACCUCGUGACGUUUGGGGACUCCUACUCUGAUGUGUAUGUACCUGGAGACAAUGCGACGGCAUGGCCAGUAUACGCAGCCAUGUAUGGCGACUUCACGCUCUAUCCGUUCGCGCGAUCAGGCGCGACGUGCUCGAACUACCUGACGUACAAGCCGUUUCCCUCUGUGUUCGAAAGCCAGCUUCCCCUAUACUUCACAGACAAGUACAACGGCUCUUUGGAACUCGAUCCAACAAGCACUAUGUACACCCUAUGGAUCGGCACGAAUGAUGUUGGUGUCAACGCGCUUUUAACAGGGAGUCAAACACCCGGUGUGACACUCGUCGACACGGUAACCUGUUCAGUCGAGUGGAUCAAGGUUCUAUAUGCGAGUGGAGCCAGAAAUUUCAUCAUGCAGAACAUGCUACCUUUACAAGACACAAUUCUGUAUUCCACCUAUUCGUACCCGAACCGCUACUGGACUGAGGAGCGGAAUACAACCGAGUGGAACGUAUUCAUGACCGAAUUGACUACGUCGCACAAUGCUUUGGCCUCGCUUAUGCUUCAAGCACUGGUUCCGACUCUUGAAGGCGCUCACCUCGGCCUCUUUGAUUCGUACGGGCUGAUCUCAGACAUCCGUGCCAAUCCACAGAACUACCUUAACGGCACAGCGCCUCUGAAUGUGACCGGCUGCAUCAACUCGUGCGUCUUCCAGCUAAAUGAGAGCACUGGCGAGACCGCGGAUUGCACAGUCGCGGAAGGGACUGCGCGCGACAGCUUCCUGUGGUACGACGAGCUGCACCCGUCGGAACAGACAGACAGGGUGAUUGCGCGAGAAAUCUCCUCUGCAAUCGUUCGGAAUUCGUCUGAUUGGAUUACAUGGCUUCUUUGAGGCGAACCAUGAAGUGGGAUUUUGAUGGAGAAUAUUCUCUGAUGACAUGCCCUGGUACUCAUGAACAAUGGGACCUUGGAUAGUUGUAUAAUUGUGCACCAACUCACCGGGAUGACGGAAUGUAUGGAGGAUUGAUGUAGGUAUCUAGGAUCAUAGCGCUAAACGAGAAGAGGGACUAUUCGAGGUAGCUCGAACACAGAAAUACAUGCAUCGAUUUG